CUCCAGUCACAUUAACUACCAUAUAGUUAUGGAACUCAUUGUAGCAUUUUUCCUUUCUCCUUUCCUAUUUUCUCUCUCAAUUUCAUUUGUUCAAGCGGUAAAUUUUAGUUUCAGCACUGAACUUAUUCACAGGGAUUCACCAAGUUAUCCAUUCUUCAACCCUUCAGAAACUACCGUUAGUCGCUUAGCUAAAGCUAUGCAACGUUCUUUUAACAGAGUCAAUCAGUUUAAUGACCCAAAUAAAAUAGUUCAAUCUCCAUUAAUCUUCUUUAAUGGUGAUUAUCUAAUGAAAAUAUCACUUGGUACUCCAGGUACUGAAAUUCUAGUCUAUAUAGCUUCUGAAAGUGAUUUUAUAUGGAUACCAUGUUUAUCAUCUAUACCAAUAUGUAAAAACUGCACAGGUAGAAUGAUUGAUCCUUCUAAAUCCUCAACUUUCAAUUAUGUAUUUUGUAAGUCCAAUGAGUGUCAAAAAAAUAACGGAGUCGCUUGCAUAUCAAACAACUGUCAUUUCUCAUGUGAUUCUGCAGACCAAGUUUCUUGUCCAAAUGGAGACCUUGCUACAGACACAAUCACCUUGAGCUCCAUUAAUACUACACUUUCCCUUCCCAAUAUUAAUUUUAUCUGCGGAAAUAACAUUUCCAGUGACUUUCCAGGAAUUGGUUUUGUCGGUCUUGGACAUGGGUCACUUUCUUUAAUAUCCCAAAUGGAUCAUCUGAUAGAUGGAAAAUUUGCUUACUGUCUAGUACCUUACUCUUCUAACCAGUCUAGCAAAAUCGAUUUUGGGUGGAAAGGUGUGGUUGAAGGUGAUGGUGCAGUUUCUACACCAUUGAUCCAAAACAUCGGUAUAGGCAGUUACAGUGUUAUUCUCGAAGGAAUUACUGUAGGAAACAAGAGUACUGUAACUAUUGGUGAAAUAAAUGGAGCCUAUAUUGAUACAGGGACAAUGUUAACAUACUUGCCAAGCGAUGCCUAUGAUUUGCUACAACAAGAGGUUAUAAAAGCUAUUAAUCAGAAGCCUAUGGAAGAAGAUGAUACUCCAAGACUGCCUCUUUGCUAUCUGUACACACCUGAGUUUAAUCCUCCUAUAAUCACAAUAAAUCUUAGAGGUGGGAAUGUUGAAUUAGGCACUGGAAAUACAUUUAUAAGAGUCACCCAAGACGUUGUUUGUUUUGCUUUUGCUCCUAGUUCUGGGAAGGAAGCUAUUAUUGGUAAUUGGCAACAGAUGAACUUUUUAGUAGGUUAUGAUCUUAAAGAAGGAAUUAUAUCUUUCAAGCCAACUGAUUGCAGUAAAUAUUAACUGGAUGGAUAGGUAGAUUCCUGUUUGUUUCAAUUAUAUCAUGUUUCUUGUAACAGAAUAAGCAAUAUCGAUCAAGAAUUUUACAUGUGAAAUUAUUAAAAAAAAGAAAAGAAAAGAAAAGAAAAGAAAAGUUCUGGCUAGUAUUUUCUACUCCCUCA